AUGAGUUUAAUCGCCAAGGUGGUCACCAUGAUGUGGUUCAAGGUCGAGGACGCCCUUGUCGCCAAAGUCCUUCAAAUGCCAGGUUUUCACCACGGCGUCCGCAAGAUCCAUCGCACCGUCGAAGAGUUCCGCCAUGGCCGCGAUCCCAACGAACCGCUGCGCGAGGGCGAGGCUACCGAGGACCCGAAUCUGCAGAAGCCACAAGUCCAAACCUUCGUCAAGUUCUUCGUUGACGAAAUACGCAAUCAGGCACGGGGAACGCCAACCGACAUCGACAAUCAACCACUACCUCCCAAGAAGUGA